UAUACAUCUAGUUAUAUAUAUGUAGUUCAAUAUUUGCUUUAGCAAAGCAUGAAAACAGUUAAAUUAUUCACUAAAUCAAAAUAGCUAAAAAGUUUUAAUAUCGUUGUUAAUUCGUAAUUGAAAUUUUUGGUAAAAUAUAAUGCAGCUUUAAAAACCUUCGAAUAUAUAAGACGGGUAAUGUUUGAAUAACCUAUGAAUCAAACUUCCAUGCUUUAUAUAUUACGUUGAAGAAGUAGAAAUAACCAUGGCAGAAAAUAUAAGAUUGAAGUCCAAAUAUGACCUAAAAGACAACUAUGAACCAUCAGAUUCUGAAAAUGAAUAUUCUGCAUCAGAAAAGCAAAUAAUGGACAAAUUACGGAAAAGAAAACGGCAAGAUUCUGACAGUGAAGAUGAGGUAUAUGCAUUUUCUGAAUCAGAUGAAGAUGGGGAAGACAAAACUGAUUUAGGGAUAGCCGAUAGCGAUGUAGAGGGUCAAGAGAAAUCAGAUGAUGACUUACCUGAUUCUAAAGCUUGGGGUAAGAAAAAAAGAUCUUAUUAUUCUACUGAUUAUGUGGAUCAAGAUUAUGGAGGAUUUGGUGAUGAUGAAGAAGAUGCUCUGAUGGAAGAGGAAGAAGCGAAAACCAUACAAAAAAGAUUAAUUGAACAACUAGGAGAAGAUGAUUUUACACUAGAUUUUUUUAAUAAACAGGUGGCCAAAAAUGAUGAAAAAGAAACAACAAUAAAAAGUGAUAUAAGUCUAAUGUCAAAGAGACAAAAACUUCAACUACUUGAAAAAGAGAGUCCAGAAUUUUUAGGUCUUAUUGAUGAUUUUAAAUCAAAGUUAUCAGUUGCAAAAGAUGACUUGCAUCCUGUUUUAGAACUUGUAAAAGGUGGAAAGUUACCAAAUUGCUCGGCUUCUAAAUUUGUUAAAACAAAUUAUGAUUUAAUUUUGAAUUACUGCACAAAUAUUAGUUUUUACUUAUUAUUAAAGAGUCAAAAAAUUAAUAUUCAAAACCAUCCAGUUAUAAAAAGACUAUAUCAGUACAGACAAAUGUUACAAAAAAUGGAACCUAUAUACAUUGAAGUAAUAAAACCACAAAUAGAUAAAAUAUUGAAUGCAGUUGAAAAUAACUUAGUAUUAAAGGUAAUUAAAGAAAAAGAUGAAACUAAAAAACGAAAGCCUCGGAAACAGUUGAACGAGUACCCAAUCAAAAAACUUAAAUUAAUUAAUGCUAUUGAAAAAGAUGAUGCAGAAGAUACUGGAGUAUCUGAUAAUGACAAUGAUUAUGAAGGAAGUGACUUCUUUGCAAAUAAUAAUGAAAAUGUAGACAAAAAUGUUAGUCAAUCUGAAGAAAGUGGUUUCUCUGAUAAUGAUGAAAUAGAAAUUGAUCAGAAUAAUCCACCAUCAUUACCAAAAGAUCAUCAUCAGAUUACAGAAGAAGUUGGAGAUAAAAGAGAAAUCACCUAUCAGAUUGCUAAGAAUAAAGGUUUGACUCCAUACCGAAAGAAAGAACAAAGAAAUCCAAGAGUUAAACAUAAGCUUAAAUAUAGGAAGGCUAAAAUAAGGAGGAAGGGUGCAGUUAGGGAGCCAAGAACAGAAAUAUCUAAGUAUGGUGGAGAGCCUUCUGGCAUUAAAGCUAAUGUUAAAAAGAGCAUUAAAAUAAAAUAAAAUUUGAUUGAUCUUUUAUUAUUCAAAAAAUGUAUGUAACUUUAACUUCAUAAUAAAAUAACUAA